UGCCUUUUUCCCUGUGAACCACAGACUUUCCUGUGCUGUGGGUAGACAAGUAACCUGCCAGUGAACAAGAGCAGAGGUAGCACUGAGUAUAGAUCCUGGAAUAAUCAAACGGCCACGCUUCUUUGCUUCCAAGCUGUUAAUCAGCCAUUGGAUUCAGGACCCAUGUGGGUUCUGGAGCAGAUCAGGGAGUCUGUGGAUGAGAACCAUUUCACGUUGCCGGUGGAGUACAGUCUUCGUCUGGCCGAGGCUAUGUUUGGGGAGAGAACAGCCCAGGCGAAGAGACCAAAGCACACCCUGUGCCCUAACAUCAUCACCCCGAGCACUAUCCCCAAGUUCUUCAUCCCUCCCAAGAUCACACCCCAACAGGAGCCCAGCAAGGCACCUGACUGGAGCAAACCCUUCCCUGUUGUCAAGGGGACUGUGAACGGCAUCAUGGUGGAGGACGCCGCCCCGGCCAGAGAGCCGUUCAAAACACACGUCAUCCAGGUGGAGAACGUCGACGAGCUGCCCCGCGCGUUCAGCGACGAGGGUAGCACCAACGCGGACCCCCGGAGCCAGGCCGCCCUGUCUCUGCCCCACCUGGCCAAAGCCCAGACCUGCUACGGCUUCCGCACGCUGCUGGAGAGCCCCCACACGCGGCGGAAGGAGUCUCUGUUCCACAGCGACCCCGCGGCCUGUGGACUCACACUGCUCCCCCCCCGGAGCCCUGCCGCCGGCAGCGCCCCCAAACCCCCCCACUGCGCUGCGUUCAGCCUCAACAGGCUGGCUUCCAGGCUGCCCACGCACAGGGCGAUGGCCCUGCACAGGCAGGUGGUGUCCCUGGACAGCGACACCACCUCGUCCACAGAGUCCUCCCCCUUCAACUCCCCCCUGCUGGCCAGGCCUCUGCCCAGGUCCUACCUCCUCAAAGCCCUGGGUCACGAGCGGCUGGUCUCCCGAGCAGGGCGGAAGUCUCUGCUCUCGCGGAACAACUCCCUGUCCACGGACGAAGGGAGCUCCACAGACAGCAGUCCCAACGUGGUGCGGAGGUCCUCGGACGAGCCGGAGGAGCCCCUGACCCCGGCCAACGUGUUCGGACUCGCCCCUCCUCCCGUCUUCCCCACCGAUGGGGUUUUGUGCCGAGAGAGGGUGAUGAGGGAACACCUGGUACCCGUUGGGCGAGAAGGAAACCUUCGUCUGGCAGCAGAGUACUGCCCGCAGAACCACAGGUUCAGGGUGAGGCUGAUCAGUGCGGAGGGGCUGUAUGCCGUUUCAACGGACCCCAAAAGCAUCAACUGCAGCAUCAGUGUGUGUCUUCUGCCGGGGAAGAUGCAGAAGCAACGCAGCACAGUGAUCAAGAGAAGUCGCAACCCCAUUUUCAAUGAGGACUUCUUUUUUGACGGCAUCUGUGAGGAACAUCUUGGGAACUGGUUUCUGCGGUUCAAAGUGGUGAAUAAGAUGUCCACCAUGAAAAGGGACUACAUUUUAGGAGACUGUGAGAUCCUGCUUCCUAGCAUAUUGUCUGGAUAAAAACUGCUAAAUUAAAUAGUUUCUAUUUUUUAUGCCAACUAUUAUUUUUUUACAUUAAAAAAACAAUAUUGAGAAUGUGUCUAUGUGUUUGAAAUGUUGACAUGCACAUAUACGUGACCAUAACAAACAGUUCAAGGUAAUCACACAAAAAUAGUACAUUCUUUAUUGUAGCCUUAUUGUUCCUGUUUAAUUGUAAUUAUGUGGUAAAUAUUUUCAGAUUAAUAAAUCUAAUAUCAGC